AACCCAACCCAUCACUCCUUCAGCUCAAAAAAAGACAUAAUAACGUCUACGACCAUUCACGACCACCACAAUGAAGUUCUCUUUCGCCGCCAUCACUGCCUUCGCCGCCGCCGCCAUGGCCAAGAACUUUGACAAGUUCACCGUCGCCACCGACGGUGGCGCCCAGCUGGUCACCGACGGCCAGUACUUCUACAAGGCCACGGGCCCCAACGAGAAGAGGCCGCUCGCGAUCCUCAGCGGCGGCGACGGCAAGGUCACCUUCACUGCCGAGGGCGCCGCGCCCACGGGCUGGCAGAACCUGUACGUCAUCGAGAAGGCGGUGCAGCCGCUCUCCAUGACGGUCCCCCACUCGGGCGCCACCCCCAUCAACGCCAACAUCAGCGCCUUCUCCGUCAAGACCGUCGACGGCGUCGACUACCUCGACGCUGAUGGCGGCUCCUUCGCCCUGCCCACCGGCGGCAACGGCACCGCUCCUAUCUACUUUGUUGCCCUCCCCCACACCGGCCCCGCCUACGAAGUCGUCAAGCUCUACAUCAACGAGCUCAACUAAGCGCGUCGUUUGCCACCGCUUGUACAUGGUUUAAAGGAGGAGUGUCUAUGGUUCUAGCUUUGUAAAUUAGCCUAAUCCUCUAAUUGCAUAGCUGCUUCUUCUGCC